CUCCUUGCCCUCCAGUCUCUCAAAACCGACGAGAGUUGCAGACUUCGCAGCCCCCCGUGGCCAGCUACGAACGAGUACGCGAGACAUCCCCCACCGACUUUCUUCACCGCCAUGGUGUCCGUGGCGGAACUUCUUAACCCGGAGCCCCCGCGGGCUGCGUUGCCAUCGUCCCGCCCGUCUGCUCUGCGUUCUCCUCCGGCGGGACGACCGACGGCUUUUCGGAACGAAGCAUCAACUGCGGCAGCCACCAGGCCCCCAAUCGAGAUGUUGAGGAUGACCGAGAACGCCAGGGGGCAUUCCCGAAGCAAGACCAAGGGCGUCGUGAACUAUCCGCCCUUUGAGGCAUUGGACGAGGCAUCGCUUGUCCAGGUGCGCAGGUUCCAGGUCCACCCCUUCGGCUCGAUUCAAGACACCAGCGAGCGGAUCCCCUACAACAGCGGCAAGAAGGACUUCUUUAGCAAGACCGGUCGGGAGGGCUUCGAAGUAUUUCGUUACGACUUCCGGUACAAGGAAAAGCCCGAGGAUGACGACAUCACUUACACCGUCAUGUGGGACUACAAUGUCGGCUUCGUUCGCAUGACGCCCUUCUUCCGAUGCCGCGGCUUCCCCAAGACGGCCCCUGCGAAGAUGCUCAACUCGAAUCCCGGCCUCAAGGAGAUCACGCACGGCAUCACCGGAGGGUCCAUCAAGGCUCAAGGCUACUGGAUGCCGUACUCGUGCGCCAAAGCCGUCUGCGCGACCUUCUGCGCCAAGAUCGCCGGCGCCCUGAUUCCGCUGUUCGGCCCGCGCUUCCCCUACGAGUGCAUCCCCGAGGGCGCGCCGGGCUACGACCGCAUGCUGAUCAGCCAGGACAUCGUGAACCGGGCGAGAAGGGAGGCCGCCGCGCUGUUCGGGCCACGCCCGGCGCUGCUCAGCCCGCGCCCGUCCCGCAGCCUCAGUCCGCAGCGUCCGACGACGACAACGACAACGCGCAUUCCCGAGCCCGCCUACGCCGACCACGACCGGCGCCUGCUCCUGAGCCCCUACACCGACACCACCGACACGGAAUAUCAUUACCACCCGGUCUCGGAGCCCUACUACACGCGGCGCAUGUGCCCGCCCGCGCCGCGAACAACAACAAGACCAGCAGCAGCAGCCAUCCCGCCACCGCCGCCAACAUCGGCGCCCAUACCCCAGGACUCGCCCACGUGGGCCGCCCAUAAUCGUCUACCUCCGUCCCAUCCUCCUCCUCCUCCUCCUCCUCAAUACCCUGCGGGGCCGGCGUACCAUCACCGCGACAUCUCCCAGCUCAACGAAGAUCUGCUGGGCCUGAACGUGUCCUCGACCGCCCACCCGUGGCUGUCUGCCGUGCCGCGGUCCCCGACACCAGGCAGGCUCCUUCAUCAUCAUCAUCCGUGUUAUUCCCACCUACACCAUCAUCAGCAGACGUCUCCGCCUACCAGUACUACUAGUAGUACUAGUAGUACGCGGGAGUGGAACAUCAACCUCCCGCCCCUCCGGCUCAAGCGGAGAUACGAAGACCAGGUCGACCAUCCGGAUGUUGCUGGCAGGGAGAAUACGAGUAUCAAUACUACCAAUACUACCAACCGUGACACGGGCGGCGGCAGCGGUGGUGAGGCGGAGAGGAGACGCAGCAGCCACUCCUCCUCCCGUUCCUCUUCCCCCCCUUCCUCUACCACCACCACCGUGCCUGAUACUCCGAGCACCACCACUGGGACUUACCAUCAUCCUAGCUGGGCGAGUGGACAACAUCACCCACACCACUACCAGCAGCACCACCAGCAGGAUGACGAUAACCACACGUCUUCUUCUCCUCCACGGACUCCUCCAGAGAGCACCACUACUGCUACUGCUACUGCCACCACUACUAGCAGUGAACGCACCAACUCAGAGUCGACAGCACCACUCCCCGCCGAAACCACAACAGCUAAGAGUGGCGGUGGUGGUGCGCGCCCCGCAGCGGAGCGCGACGCAGCCAUCAUGCUGAUGCAGAUGCGCGCUGACAGUGAGAAAGAAGAAGGCGGCAGCAGUGAUGGUAGCAGUACCAGCAGUACGCCCAGUAACAGUCCGGGCUUUCUUAGAGGGGGCCGGGACGGGGUAAGGGAUAGGGAGGAUAGGGAGGCUAGGGGUAGGGAUAGUGCCAGUCCUCCUGUCCUUGCCCUUCAUCAUCGUCAUCAUCGCUAUCGUCAUCGGCGGGAUGAGGCGGACGACGGUGAGGAGGGGGAGACUACUAGUAGUGGCAGGUCAACAACGACAACGACAACGACAACAACACCACCACCAACAACAACAACGACACGGACCGCUGCUGCUGGUGGUGGUGCUGGUGGUGGUAGUGGUGUUGAAGGCGAUUCCAUCAAUGUCCGUCUCGUCCAAACCGGUGGUGGGGAUAAGAGGAAGGAAAAGGAGACGGAGAUGGAGAGAAUAGUCGCCGCCCGACCUACGCCGUCGACACCCACGCCUGGAUCGGGACCCAACACCCGGGCGAAGAGACGGAGGACGUCGUUUGGGUGCUGAUCGACCUG